CUUGGGUAUGGCGAAUGUUGAUGGACGUUUCGGCUUAAUUGAAAGCCUGCAGUCAACCGAGUAGGUUGGCCAUGACGGUGGAUGAAAAGCCAUGCUGGGUAGGGACAAAGAGGAAGAUUAAUCAGAAGAUUAAUAACGAGGGCUUUUCAGUGUUAAAAUUGUCAAAAGAAUUUGCCAGAAACACAUCGAUUCACGGACUGAAAUUCAUAGCGCAAGACCACACUUCAUUGCUGGAAAGGAUAUUCUGGAUAAUUCUUUUUUUGGUUGGAUUAUUCUUUGCUUUAUUCUUCGCUUGGAAUUUAUGGGAUAACUGGGUACAAUCUCCGGUCCUCAUCACUAUUCAAACAGUUAAUUAUCCCAUUAAAAGCUAUCCUUUUCCAGCUGUCACGAUUUGCAGUGUGAACAAAGUUUCGACUCGGGCACUCGGAGAAUGGAUGGCCACAGAAGAAGUGAAAGAUUUCAAAGUGAAUGAGAUUCGUCGUAUUUUGGAGAUUAUGUCAACCGGGUUGAAUUGGGUCGAAAAUGAGGGAGAAUUUGCUGUUCUUGGUCCACUAUUACUCAAGGCCAAUAUUAGCAGCAACGACAAUCAGUACGAAAAACUCAUGAAAAAGGUGAUAGAAAUUCCACAAGUCAUCUAUACUUAUAAUCCUGAUUAA